AUGGCAUUCCACAAGCGCCAGGCUUCCCAGGCGCAUUCCCAGGCCUCCACUCUCGGGUCUGGAGGAGUCUCAUCUAAUGGCAGGAGCCAGCUGCCCAUGCUAGCUUCACCGGAAACGAUGCGCUUCAACGUGCUCUGUUUGGUUGGCGAGUUUGUUGGCACCUUCUUGUUCCUCUUCUUUUCUUUUGCAGGCACCCAGGUUUCCAACACACCUAUGCCAGCUAAGGGGUCGUAUCCGAAUACGUCCAAUUUGCUCUACUCAUCUCUAUGCUUUGGCUUCGCCCUCACCGUCAAUGUUUGGGCCUUCUUCCGUGUGACUGGUGGUCUCUUCAACCCAGCUGUCACCCUCGCCCUCUGCCUGACUGGGGGUAUGCCUCCUCUACGAGGCUUGAUGGUCUUCCCUGCUCAAUUGAUUGCUGGAAUUGCUGCUGCCGGUGUUGUCAGCGCUCUUUUUCCGGGUCCGCUUAAUUGCGCGACUCGGCUUGGCGGUGGAGCUUCCAUCGCCCAGGGCCUUUUUAUUGAAAUGUUUUUGACCGCACAGCUGAUAAUUGUCAUUAUCAUGUUGGCUGUUGUGAAGCACAAGUCCACUUACCUUGCUCCCGUGGGCAUCGGACUUGCUUUCUUCCUCUGCGAGCUAGUUGGCGAUUACUACACCGGAGGCUCCCUGAACCCCGCUCGCUCCUUGGGGCCCGACGUCAUCAACCGCAGUUUCCCCGGAUACCACUGGAUCUACUGGGUCGGUCCUCUCCUCGGUUCGCUCGUGGCAUCUGGUUUUUUCCACGUGCUCCGCAUGGUCCGCUGGGAGAAAAUCAACCCUGGCCAGGACUACAAUGAGUGGGAGGCUCGCAAGGACUCGAUUGUCUCGGAUCAUGAUAUCAACGAUCCAAUCCACUACAGCUCUCAGCAAAACCAGCACUUGAACCAUAACGGCACACAAUAUCAGAACGGAACUCAGUACCAGCCUAACGACCAGUAUGCCACCGAGUCUACGUCUCAGACGCAUUAUCAGUCUCCGGGGCAGUACCAGACCCCAACCCAAGCUCAGGGCUACCUCCCAGACCAAACCCGUACCACCACCCAGCCUGAGUUCCAAACCAAGGCUCACCUAAGACCUGAGCAGCAGGUUUAA